AUGGUGAAAGGAGUUCUGUUCGACGUUGCUGCGCGAAUCAUAGAGAAAGCAGAUCAUCUCUCAGGCCAAGAGAUCGGACAACUCUGGGGUGUCAAAGAUGAGAUUGUAAAACUCCGGGAGAGGGUUUCCACAAUCAAGGCUGUGCUUCUGGAUGCAGAGGAGGGAAAGCAGAGCAACGAAGUCAAAGAGUGGCUGAAAAGGCUGAAUGAUGCCAUUUAUGAUGCAGACAACUUGGUGGAUGACAUCUCCACUGAAGCUUUACGAUGGGAAGUGAUGACACGGAAUAAGAAGGCAGAACAGGUACGCAUCUUCUUUUCCAAAUCGAGACAGUUUGCAUAUGGUCGUAAAAUGGGUCAUAAGGUUAAGACAAUGAGGGAGAGGCUAGAUGCCAUGUCAAGGGAGAUGGAGUCGUUCCACUUCGAGGAACGUCUUGUGGAGACACAUGAUAGGAAUAGGGUGAGAGAGAAGACUCUUUCUCCCGAAAAAUUUGUUGGGAGAGAGGAAGAUAAGCAGGAGAUUGGAAAAUUCCUUUCUGAUCGUAAUGUUGAAGAGAAUGUUUCAAUCCUUUCUAUAGUUGGAGGAGGAGGGAUAGGGAAGACCGCGUUAGCUAAACUCAUAUUUGAUGAUGAGAAGGAACAUUUUGAGCAAAAAAUUUGGGUGUGUGUAUCUGAUAACUUUGAUGUAAAAAUAAUUGUUCAAAAAAUCUUAGAGUUUGCAAAAAAAAAGAAACAAGAAAAUCUUGAAAUGAAAAUAUUGAUCAAUGAUCUUAAGAAAGAAAUUCAUGGAAAGAGAUACUUACUUGUGUUGGACGACAUGUGGAAUGAAGAUCCUGUAAAAUGGCUUAACUUAAAAAACAUUUUGGUUAGUGGUAGUGCAAGAGGCAGCAAAGUAUUAGUGACAACACGCAAUGCAUUGGUCGCAAAGAAUAGGAUUCUUGGACUUUAUUUAGGCAUAUGGCAUUUGAAAAUGGACAAGAGCCAAGGAAUUCAAUCAUGGGGUAUAUUGGAUGGCGAAUCGCGAUGUGGUGUGAAGGACUCCCUCUUUUCAUAA